CCUAAACAUAUUUUUACUCCGAAACGUCGUCGACUGUUUCUUCCACUUCCUCUCCACCUAUCAUUUCCUCUGUAAUCGCCGUUACAGCUACCCUUACUUCAUCAAUCAAUAAUGUUCUUUACUCAAUCAUUUAUUGUUUCGAUCCACCUCCCAAUGAUUUGUCAUCCUCCAAAUCCAGACGUCUCAUGAUUCCAUCAAGCACUUGCUAUAAAUUUAUGGCCAUAAACACGAACCCUCAUUACCCAAACCAAGUACUAUGCAGUUCUUACUUUUCUACUCCCCUCUUCCGUCAUGACUAACUCGAUUUUGUAACUUGACAUUCGACAAUCUGCAUCUUUGCCCUUUUUCAAGAGCUUGUCCAGAGACCCAUCGUUUACUGGAUUAUUAGGUUUUUAAAUAUAUCUUGCAUGUUCAAUUGCUAUUACUCUCGAUACCAAGAGCUUCUUGCCAAUAAACAGAUCCUGAUUGCAUUGCCCCCAAGGAAAAACUAAGGUUUGCUAAUAAAGGACAUGUUUAUUUGCUAAUAAUGAGCUGGAGGAGGAAAUUAAGCUUCUCAAGAAUCACUCUAUAUUUAAAAGAUGUGUGUUUUGUGGACUUCGGGUCCAGGAGAUAGAGAGAGACAAGGUUUUGCAAUGAGCAGAUAUUCUUCUGUCUCUGUUAGUCUCUACUCUUCCCACGGACGGUGGAAGAACUGUAAGUUUUCACGACCUCCCCUGUUUUGUAAUGCAUGAUUUCUUGAAACUGAUUGUUUAAAAAGAGAUUUUGGACGGAGAAGAGAAGCUGGUAGAAAUGUUGCCUGUUAUUAGCGAGAGAGCUGGAGUAUUGGCCACGGCUGAUGGAAACCAAGAGCUUUAACGCAAGUGGCAUCUAAACUAAUUGUCUUCAGAACUUUUGUGAGCUGAUGAUCCAGGUGCAUGACCAGUAGACAUACUCGGAGCAACGCACAAGGACCAUUGCAUCAGCUUACCAACGAAGAACUAGCGAGAUUGGAACGACAGAACCGUCAACAGCCGAGAUCUACGAACACCAACAUGGGUGAUCACCAGGAUGAUCUCACUGCUGCGUUUGCACUCAUGCAACAGCAGAUGCAGCAGAUGCAGCAAACGAUCCAAGCGCAGCAAGCUGCUGCCGAGCAAGCUGCUCUGAAUGCUGCGAACCAGCAGAACCAACAGGAGGAAGUUGUCCAGAUCGGCCAGAGAAACUUACUGCGCAAUCUGCCUGCUACGCGAUCUGCCAUAACCCCUCCACCGUGCACUAGGCAGGACUUCGAGAUCAAGCCAGCCUUGAUAAGUCUAGUGCAAAGGAAGAUCUUCAAUGGACUUCCUGCUGAGAUACCGAUGGACCACAUCGAGCACUUUGAGAAGAUGUGUGGUUUCACUAAAGCGAAUGGAGUACCACCCGAUUACAUCAAGUGUACUCUGUUCCCUUUCUCUCUUGAUGGGAAAGCUGCUUGCUGGCUUGAUUCACUAUCCACGGGAUCACUCACCACCUGGGAACAAGUCCGAGAGGCCUUCUUAAGCCACUUCUACACGAAAUCGAAGACGGCAGCUCUGAGACAGAAAAUCGUGACCUUCAAACAGCUGGUGGACGAGCCGUUCUGCGAUGCUUGGGAGCGAUUCAACGUCUACCGCAGAGAGUGCCCGCAUCACGGUUUUGAGGAAGACUAUCUGCUGGGAGUGUUCUACGAUGGAGUAGGCUGGGAGUACAGGAACGCUUUGAACUCAGCCAGUAAGGGAGAUUUCAUGACUCAGUCCACUCAAGGUGCCUUCGAGUUGAUUGAGAACAUGGCCUCAAGCUCAGCUGAUAAUAACCGCGAGACUGAUCGCACUCAGAAGGUGAAGAGCAUUGAUAACAGCAAGAUUGAUGAGCUCUCUGCCAAGGUCGAUCAGCUGAUUAAGAGCAAUCAGAACCAGGUCUUCAUCAUGGAAGAAUCCCCUCAGGAUAAAGCUACCGCGGAAGGCACAUCAGAGGCAGAUCAGUCAGCUGAGGAUCAGCAUGAAGUGAGCUAUGUGAAUGGGCAAGGAUGGCAGUUCAAGAACUAUCACCCGAACCCUAACGUGAGGAACAAUCCCCACCUGUUCAAUGCCCCUAAACCAGACGAUAAAGCUCAAGGAAAUCAGGGUCAGAACAGUGGAUACCAAAGGCCUUAUGGCAAUCAGGGAAGAACCUUUGUCCUCAACCCAGAUCAGAAUGCCCAAUUCCACAGCCAGAAACAGCCGGUUAAUCAGCAGGCUGCACAACCGGCUCAGACUGCUCCGCAUGAUGACAUGAAGAGCCUCGCCAACAUGAUGAGUCAACUGCUCCAAGGACAGCAGAUCCAGGGGAAAGCACUGAACCAGGUCACAAACGACAUCAACACCAGGAUGAAUCAUAUGUUCAAUGACCUGAGUGUGAAGUAUGACAAUGUCUCAAGCCAUAUGAGACAGAUGGAUAUUCAGAUUGCUCAGACUGCUGAGAGUGUGAAGAGACAGCAAGGAACUCUCCCUGGAAAAACAGACAAAAACCCCAAGGAGUGGAAUGCGGUAGGUCUAAGGAGUGGAAAGCAACUGCCUGAUCUAGACCCCAGGAGAUUCACAUCGGCUGAGAAAGGGAAGCAUAAGGAGUCGGAUCAGCCACCUAAAGUUGUACCCACAGAUGAGGGAGAGGCAGAACAACCUACUGAGACUGUUCCGACUGAAGCAGAGCGACCCGCUGGGGUUGUUCCACCGAUUGCAGCACCUUCUCCUGCUCGUCAGUAUGUACCAAAAGUACCUUACCCUGUCCCAGCUAAGGCUACACGCAAGGAUAAGGAAGAGAUGAAGUGCAGGAAGAUGCUGGAAGACCUAACUGUCAAGCUCCCUCUAAUGAGUGCGAUCCAGAUGAUACCAUCCAUGCGUAGCUUCGUUAAGGGACUGAUCUCUGGGAAGAUAUCUGAUGACAGCGAGUUCAUGAUUGUCUCUAAGGAGUGCAGUGCGGUGCUCCAGAACAGAAGGAUCAAGAAGUUGGGUGAUCCGGGAAAUUUUUUCCUCCCGGUUCAGAUUGGGAGAACAGUUUUCUCAUGCUCACUGGUCGAUCUAGGGUCAAGCAUUAACCUCAUGCCAUAUACAGUGGCUAAGCGCCUUGGAUACACGGACUUCAAGCCUACCAGGAUGUCCCUAGUGUUUGCUGAUCGAUCUGUGAAGUCUCAAGUUGGAAUCCUCGAAGAUCUUCAAGUUCUGGUUGGGAACACACUUGUUCCUGCCGAUUUCGUUGUUCUGGAAGUCGAGGAAGAUUCAAAUGAUCCCCUGAUCCUAGGCAGACCAUUCCUCUGCACUGUUGGAGCUAUCAUCGAUGUCCGACAAGGGAAGAUUGAUCUCCAUCUUGGAGAUAUUGUAAUGAAGUUUGAGAUGGAGCAGAUGCUCAAGAAGCCGAUGCUGGAUGGACAAACUUUCACUGUACAAGAAGAUGGUGAUCCGCUAGAGCCGCAUGAGGGAAUGAUCGAGGAGAUUCUCACCAAGGAUCCACUUGAACUCGCCUUAGUCAGAGCUGAAGCCGAGCAGAGCUUAGAGAGUGUUGAUGCUAAUGCUUAUGCCAAAUUUCUGGAUUCAGCCAGCAGUAUUGAGAGAAUGGUGGCGAAUCUAAGCCUGGGGGAGGACAGUGAGUCCAGCAUAUCGGCUGGAACAACCGCGCCUCAGAACCCGUCUGUUCCGGCAGCUCAGACCGAUGACUCAUGGAGCGAGCUGAAAGCUCCAAAGGUAGAGCUCAAACCCCUUCCCAAGGGACUCAGGUAUGCAUUUUUUGGAUCCAACUCCACAUAUCCUGUCAUUGUGAAUGCUGACCUGAACAAUGCAGAGACUGCUCUGCUUUUGUGUGAACUAAGAAAAUAUCGUAAGGCAUUGGGUUAUUCUCUAGCUGACAUACCUGGCAUUUCACCUGAUCUUUGCAUGCAUAGAAUACACCUGGAAGAUGAAUCGAUGACUUUUGUAGAACAUCAGAGGAGGUUAAAUCCGAAUCUAAAAGAUGUUGUAAAGAAAGAGAUAAUGAAACUUCUAGAAGCAGGUGUGAUCUAUGCGAUCUCUGAUAGUAAGUGGGUUAGUCCUGUGCAUGUAGUACCUAAGAAAGGUGGGAUCACUGUGAUAACCAAUGAAAAGAAUGAAUUGAUCCCCACUAGAACAGUUGCUGGUCAUCGCAUGUGCAUUGAUUUUCGUAAGUUGAAUACUGCGACUCGUAAGGAUCACUUCCCACUUCCUUUUAUUGAUCAAAUGCUUGAGAGAUUGGCUAACCACCCUUACUAUUGCUUUUUAGAUGGUUAUUCAGGUUUCUUUCAGAUUCCCAUCCACCCAGCCGAUCAGGAGAAGACGACGUUCACAUGCCCUUAUGGAACAUAUGCAUACAGGAGGAUGCCCUUCGGCUUGUGCAAUGCUCCGGCGACCUUCCAGCGAUGCAUGAUGUCGAUUUUUACUGAUCUGAUCAAAGACAUAAUGGAAGUUUUCAUGGACGAUUUCAGCGUCUAUGGAAGCUCCUUUCAUGUCUGUUUGUCAAACUUGUGCAGGGUGCUGAAGCGAUGCGAGGAGAAGCAUCUGGUGCUGAACUGGGAGAAAUGCCACUUCAUGGUCAGAGAUGGGAUUGUUCUGGGACACAAGAUAUCAGAGAAAGGCAUUGAGGUGGACAAGGCAAAGAUCGAGGUCAUGAUGAGUCUGCAACCACCAACUUCAGUGAAGGGAAUCAGGAGUUUCUUAGGACACGCUGGUUUCUAUAGGAGGUUCAUCCAGGACUUCUCUAAGAUCGCGAGACCACUCACUCGGUUGCUCUGCAAGGAGGCUCAGUUUGCCUUUGACAGCGACUGCUUAGCCGCAUUCCACACGAUCAAGGGAGCCCUAGUCAGUGCACCAGUUGUCCAACCUCCAGACUGGGAUCUCCCUUUUGAGAUCAUGACAGAUGCAAGUGAUUUUGCAGUGGGAGCAGUCCUUGGACAGCGUAAAGACAAGAAGCUUCACGUGAUCUACUAUGCAAGCAGAACCUUAGAUGAAGCUCAGUGCCGAUAUGCAACCACAGAGAAGGAGCUCCUUGCCAUCGUGUUCGCUUUUGAGAAGUUCAGAUCCUAUCUGGUUGGAUCAAAGGUGAUUGUGCAUACAGACCACGCGGCUCUCAAGUACCUACUCACAAAGAAGGAUGCUAAACCGCGGCUCUUAAGAUGGAUUCUCUUACUCCAAGAGUUUGAUCUGGAGAUAAGAGAUAAGAAGGGGGUUGAUAAUGGAGUAGCAGAUCAUCUCUCCAGGAUGAAAGUGUCAGAUGAGACUGUUCUUGAUGAGGAACAACCGAUGGAGUACGUCAAUGCGAUUGGUCUGCGCAACAUGGAGCAGUCGUCACCUGUCAUCAAGGACUGUUCCCGCGUGGAAGGAGCAUUCGUUGCAGUAAUCCAGAAGGAGUACCCGAAUCUUCCAUGGUUUGUUGAGAUUGUCAACUUCUUGGCAGCUGAGAAAGAGCCUUUGAGGUUCACUGGGAAUGAGAAGAGGAAAUUUCUAAGGGAGGCAAGGCACUACUUCUGGGAUGAGCCGUAUCUCUAUCGGCAAGGCAAGGAUGGGAUCUUCAGGAGAUGUGUUCCAGAGGCUGAUAUUCCAGGGAUCCUUCACCACUGCCACGGUUCCUCUUAUGCUGGUCACUUUGCCACCUUCAAGACAGUUUCCAAGAUCCUCCAAGCCGGUUUCUGGUGGCCCACUAUGUUCAGAGAUGCUCAUGCUUUCAUAUCUCGAUGCAAUUCAUGCCAAAGGAUGGGGAGUAUAAGCAAGAGAAACGAGAUGCCUCAGAACUACAUCUUGGAAGUUGAAGUGUUCGAUUGCUGGGGGAUCGAUUUCAUGGGACCCUUCCCAGUCUCUCACAAGAACGAGUACAUCCUAGUUGCUGUGGACUAUGUCUCCAAGUGGGUAGAAGCGAUUGCUAGUCCAACCAAUGAUGCGCGAGUUGUAACCAAGAUGUUCACCUCCAUCAUCUUUCCAAGAUUUGGAGUGCCUAGAGUGGUUAUAAGCGAUGGUGGAACUCACUUUAUCAGCAAGUUGUUCCAAGGAUUGCUGAGCAAGAAUGGUGUCAAACACAAGGUUGCAACCGCCUAUCAUCCUCAAACAAGUGGUCAAGUGGAAGUUUCCAACAGAGAGAUCAAGAACAUCCUGCAGAAGACGGUCAACACCACCUGCAAGGGCUGGUCCCUUGAGCUUGACGAUGCUCUCUGGGCGUACAGAACAGCCUACAAGACCCCUCUAGGGACCACUCCCUAUCAUCUGGUCUAUGGCAAGGCGUGCCACCUACCUGUUGAGCUAGAGUACAAGGCCGCUUGGGCUGUCAAAAUACUCAACUUCGACAUCAAACCCGCCAAGGAGAAGCGAACCAUUCAGAUCCACGAGUCGGAGGAGAUCAAGCAUCUGGCCUAUGAGAGUUCUAAGAUCUACAAGGAAAAGACCAAGGCGUUCCAUGACAAACGGAUCAUCAGCAGAAGCUUUGCUCCGAACGAUCAGGUCUUACUCUUCAAUUCACGGGUUAAGCUGUUCCCUGGAAAGCUUAAGUCCAGAGGGUCCGGACCUUUCACCAUUAAGGAGGUUCGCCCUUAUGGAGCUGUUGUGUUGCUGGACACGAUAGGUGGAGAAUUUGUUGUCAAUGGUCAGCGUCUAAAGCCAUAUCUUGCUGACACAACAAUCGCUGAAGGUGUAGAGAUACCCUUAAGCGAUCCCCCUCAAGCCUAAUCGGCUCAUUGAAGUCAAGCUAGUGACAGAAAAUAAGCGCUUGGUGGGAGGCAACCCACUGGUGAGUGUAAAUAUUGUUUUCCUUUUGUCUUUAUCUUUCUAGGAACUAACUUGCAGGUUGAAAAAUCAAGAAAAUUCGAGAUCACUCCAGGAGGGCACUCCAGCGGUUGUUCCGCCGAUUGUUCCAGGUAAGUGCUCGAACCAAAAAAAAAUAUAUAUAUAAAAUAAAUAAAAAAAAGAGAAGGGGAAGCGGUUUUGAUGGACCUAUUUAAGGAGCCAAACACUCCACUUCCCCACUUCAUCUCUCUCGCCGCAAACCACCCCCUUAGAACCCUAAAAUCGCGAACACACAUCCCUCUCUUUCUCAUCGAUUUUGGUUCUAACCUCUUGGGAUUCUCUUGAGAUUGGGUUGUUUUGCAGGAAUCACCUCUCCAAUCAAGGUAAUCGGACAAGAACCCUCCCCCUUUUGCGCAUGCAAAUCGCGAUUUGGGAGUGAUUUCUUGGGUUCUCUCUUUCCUUUAUGCUUUGCGAUUUCAUCCUAGGUUGUAGCUCUUGAUAGUAUACUUGCUACUAGGAUUGAACUCAUGAUUGAUUUUCAAUGGAAGAGGAACCGAUUUGUUGCUUGUGAUUCUUGGCCUUUGCGAUUUCUACUGUUGAGAUUGAGGCUUGUGUAGGUUGUCUAGUAAUCGAUGGACUUGGAUAGAA